AUCCGUAUGCUGCUACAGCGUAGAUUCCUGUCUGUGAAUAACAGAAAGACAGACAGGCAGCGGAACUCAUCUGAACGCUGGGUUUAAUUUAAGCGAAUCCUUUUCUAACAUUUGUUUGACUCAACUGCAGGUUGUUUGGGAGGAAUUAUGGGGAUCAAGGUUCGCCCUCGCUGCUUCUUUGACGUCGGGAUCAGUAAUGUUCUAGUUGGCAGAAUUGUGGUGGAGUUAUUUUCAGACAUCUGCCCCAAAACCUGUGAAAACUUCAGAUGCCUCUGCACAGGCGAGAGAGGCCUAGGGAAAGGAACCCAGAAGCCCCUGCACUAUAAAGGAUGCCUUUUCCAUCGAAUUGUUAAAGACUUCAUGAUUCAAGGAGGAGACUUCAGCGAAGGAAAUGGAAGAGGAGGUGAAUCCAUCUACGGAGGCUUUUUUGAAGAUGAAAGCUUUGCUGUUAAACACAACAAAGACUAUCUGCUCUCGAUGGCCAACAGGGGCAAAGAUACAAAUGGGUCACAGUUUUUCAUAACAACAAAACCUGCACCUCAUUUGGAUGGUGUCCAUGUGGUUUUUGGGCAUGUAAUUUCUGGCCAAGAAGUCGUUCAAACGAUGGAGAACCAGAAAACGGAUCCCAACAGCCAGCCGUACGCUGAAGUGAAAAUUCUCAACUGCGGAGAGCUCAUCCCGAAAUCGAAAGGAAAGAAAGCUGAUAAAAAGAGAGAGAAAGCCUCGUCCAGUUCCGGCGGCAGCUCAUCUGAUUCUGGCAGCUCUUCCGGGUCUUCUUCUGGUUCAGAAGAAUCUGAAAAAGAAUCCAAAAAACGCAAGAAGGAGAAAAAGCUAAAAAAGAAGGAAAAGAAGGAAAAGAAAAAGUCUGGUACAGGAAGUGCUGAAGAGAAAGAGCAGGAAGACGAAGUUACCUCCACUGUACGGCCAGAAGAAAUCCCUCCCGUCCCAGAGAACCGGUUCCUCAUGAGGAGAAGUCCUCAACCAGCUGAGAGGUCAAACAAGGAGGAAGAAAAGGAGCAGAGAAAGAAAGAGGACAGAUCUAGACAAAACACCGGCUUAUCAUAUAACUCUCAGUCAGCCUAUCAGAGGCGAUUUCUGGUUACCACUCGAUCAGGAAGGAAGAUAAAAGGCAGGGGACCGAGGAGGUACCGAACUCCAUCUCGUUCAAGGUCUAGAGAUCGAUUUCGCCAUAGUGAAACUCCUCCACACUGGCGCCAGGAGAUGCAGCGUCAGAGGAUGAGGGCAGUCACCAGAGAGCGAUGGAUUAAGGGUGACAAAAGUGAAUUGAAUGAUGCUAAGAAUGAAGAACCUAACGCCCCAAAGCGAGAGAGAUGGACAUCCAACACGAGAGAUGAACAGACAGCUGAGGGCAAAAAGGAAAAGAAGGCUCGCUCUCACAGGUCUAAAAGCAAAGAGGGCGGUACUGCAGAAAAGGAAGAACAGCACAGCAAACACAAAGCAAAGAAAAAACAGAGGUCUCGCAGUGGAAGCAGAGAAAAGAGUAGAAGGUCAAAAAGCAGAGAGGUCAACAAGCAUAAAAGCAGUGACAGAAGAGGGCGUUCAAGGAGCAAAGAAGGAAAUAAGAAAGAAAAAGAGUCAGAAACAGAUCAGAGUAAAGAUAGAAGUAAAGGCAGGGAAUCUGAUACAAAGCAUAAAGAAGAGGGAAAAGGAAAAAAACAAGAGAAAACGAGGACAAAAUCACCAAGCAAGGAAAGGUCAUCUAGGAAAGAUGAGCGGAGAUCCAGCAGCAGAAAGAGGGACAAAGGUGGGCGAGCUGCAUCCAAAGAUAAAGAUGAAAAAACGGAUAAGGACAGGACCAGAAAAAGAAGCAGGAGUAAGGAGAGGGAGAAACGGAGAAGAGGAACAUCCGGGGAAAAGGAUAGGCGAUCAAAAAGUCUAGACAGGAAUAAGGCUAGAGACUCUCACAGAGGCAGGCGCUCUAGAAGCAGAAGUCGUAGGAGAGACCGCAGCAAAGAUCGAUCUUCUCAAAGAAGGGACAGAAACAGAGAAUCUGCCAACCGAAGGAGGCGACGUAGCAGCAGCAGCUCCGACAGUGAUAGAGCAGGGAAAAAAAGCAGAAAAAGUCCAGAUUCUACAAAAAGAAAUAAAUCCAGAGACAAGAGAAGCCCUGCCAGACCCGAUAGUACCAAGGGCAAAGAUAGGAAAGAUCGCAAGAAAAAUCUGUCUAGCUCUAGUUCCAGGUCAGACAGUGAUUGAUCACUUUUCUUUAUCCACAAACUAGUAGUUCCAUCUGCUGAUAAAUUACUUAGUCCUUGGUUCUUGUAGCAAGAGAGUGAUGCUCUGUCACACCUCCAAACUGGUUAAUAUGGUCGGUUUAUACAAACUAGAGCAGAUGGACACGAAGGAAACUGAAUGGAGAAAGAAACCAACACCUUCUCAAAUGUUUAACAACAAAUAAAGUGAUGUUCUGUGGGAAAUGCAGAGCUGCACAAGCAAGUAUAGAGUUUUUAUUUUAACCUUAAAUAACCACAACAGUUCAGAUGGGUUGCUUUGAUUUGACUGAUUGAUUUGAUUUUGGUUUUGCAGAAACUCUGGUAUUGGAUUGUUUAGUUAACAAUUGAAAGAAGAUAUCACUGCAACUACUGUCAAUUUUUACUAAAAAGAUCAGGAAAAGUGGCUUCCUUUUGUCUUGCAUGUUUAUCCCUGUUUGAUUUAUUUAAAAAAAAACACGUUUUACAUGACCAAACCUUUGCUCUAGCCCUGUCAGCUUUAUUUAGUAGUAGAAAUGCUGUUAAAUACAAGCAUUACCUGUAAACACUGUACAAGUUCUUUGUGGGAAACAAGUGGGAGUGUUGAUUACAUAAGGCUCAGUUUCAUUGUUUUUUAAAUGUACUGUCCAAAACAUUACUUAAAAUGAAAACGAGAAUAAUAAACCUAAACUUGAAGGCGUCACUUA